UAUCUGUGUGGGGACGUGGAUAGUCUCCAACACAAAGCGACACGAGUUGCAGAUAAAUACGGCAAAUCCGUGGGAUGUUAUUUCCUGGUUUGACAUCAUGACAGCAUUCAUCAGAAGAAAGUAUCACUACAUGUGAGGUAUGAGUCAGAAAGCGUCUCUCUUUGGAUGCUGGCAUAACUAGUGCAUGUCCCAGCAAUCUGACAUUUGCACCUUUCCUGCAGCUCUGUGCUCCUACAAAAGAACAAGUCUGAUUUGACUGGAGGCUGUGCACCAGCAACAUGCCCCUGUCAGACUUUCUGGACGGCCUGAAGGACAACCCAUACUUCGGGGCUGGCUUUGGACUGGUUGGUGUUGGCACAGCGUUGGCAGUGGCCAGGAAAGGAGCCCAGGUGGGGAUGGUCUUCUUCCGCAGGAACUACAUGAUCACUCUGGAGGUCCCCAGCCGAGAUAAGAGCUAUCACUGGCUGCUGAGCUGGAUCACCAAGCACGCCAGACACACGCAGCACCUGAGCGUGGAGACGUCCUACCUGGCUCACGAGAGCGGACGGGUUCACACGCAGUUUGACUUCCACCCGAGCCCUGGGAACCACAUCAUCUGGUAUGGGAGGAAGUGGAUCAGGGUGGAGAGAACCAGAGAGAAGCAGAUGGUGGAUCUGCACACUGGGACCCCGUGGGAGUCUGUGACCUUCACCGCAUUAGGCAGAGACAGACAGAUUUUCUUCAAUAUAUUACAAGAAGCCAGAGAAUUGGCCCUGAAGCAGGAAGAGGGACGGACAGUGAUGUACACGGCCAUGGGUGCUGAGUGGAGGCCUUUUGGGUUUCCUCGGCGACGCAGACCCCUCAGCUCUGUGGUGCUGGAGGAAGGCGUUGGGGAAAAGAUCGUAGAUGACGUGAAGGAGUUCAUUGGAAACCCCAAGUGGUACACAGACAGAGGUAUUCCCUACAGAAGAGGAUAUCUGCUGUACGGCCCCCCUGGGUGUGGAAAAAGCAGCUUUAUCACGGCUCUGGCAGGUGAGCUGGGUUACAGCAUCUGUCUGAUGAGUCUGAGCGAUCGAAGCCUUUCAGACGACCGCCUGAAUCACCUGCUGAGCGUGGCUCCGCAGCAGAGCAUCAUUCUGCUGGAGGACGUAGAUGCUGCCUUUGUCAGCAGAGAUCUGCUUCCAACAGAGAACCCUCUGGCCUUCCAGGGAAUGGGGAGACUCACCUUUAGCGGCCUGCUGAAUUCUCUGGAUGGAGUGGCUUCAUCUGAGGCCAGGAUCGUUUUUAUGACCACCAACUUCAUUGAAAGGUUAGAUGCAGCUCUGAUCCGACCCGGCCGUGUUGACCUGAAGCAGUAUAUUGGACACUGCACUCACCGUCAGCUUGAACAGAUGUUCAGGCGGUUCUACCCUGACGUGGCUGCCUCCGAGGCGGAGCGUUUUGCGGAACAAGCGUUGGCUACACACACUGAGAUUAGCGCUGCUCAGGUGCAAGGACACUUUCUGCUGCACAAAAUGGACCCUAAAGGCUCUAUAGACAAUGUUUCCCAACUAAAAGUAUGACGGGACUGGAAGGAGGUAGAGACUGAUGACUGAAAAAAAAGAGAAACAUGUUUUUUCUUAGUAGUGCUACUAUCGUCGACUGUUGUGCACUCUGUUUGAAAUAUAUACGAUUGAUAACAAAUGAAUGCAUUACUGUUCAGUGCAUUGGACUACAUAAAAGGAAUAUAUUCUCCA